AUGAGCAAUGGUGUCUCACUUCAGUUAGAAGUUGAUGAUGAGGCAGAGUCUAUUGAUGCUGUAAUAUAUGUCUCAUCUCUUUCUCUCAAUGUAAAUUUGUUUUUGACAGUUGAUUAUCAUGGGACAGAGUCUAUUGAUGCUGUAAUGUAUGUCUCAUCUCUUUCUCUCAAUGUAAAUUUGUUUUUGACAGUUGAUUAUGGAACAGAGUCUAUAGCUGAUGAUGAGUCUGUUGAUGAAGAUUCCAGCAGUGACCUUGACCCUGAAGAUGAAGUGGAAAUGGAUAUAAAACAGGAACUAAACUCUGAGGAUUACACCCCGCAAAACUCUGAAUCCACCACUCAUUCCGAGAGCAGCACAAUCCAUACUACAGCCAGAAAAUCUGAUGAGUCAGGGGGAGAUAAUCCUUCCUACAUGAUUACAGAAGUAAAACAAGAACCUGUAGAGUCAGGGGGAGAUAAUCCCUCCCACAUGAUUACAGAAGUAAAACAAGAACCUGUAGAGUCAAGGGGAGAUAAUCCCUCCCACAUGAUUACAGAAGUAAAACAAGAACUUGUAGAGUCAGGGGGAGAUAAUCCCUCCUACAUGAUUACAGAAGUAAAACAAGAACCUGUUGAGUCAGGGGGAGAUAAUCCCUCCCACAUGAUUACAGAAGUAAAACAAGAACCUGUAGAGUCAGGGGGAGAUAAUCCCUCCUACAUGAUUACAGAAGUAAAACAAGAACCUGUUGAGUCAGGGGGAGAUAAUCCCUCCCACAUGAUUACAGAAGUAAAACAAGAAUCUGUUGAGUCAGGGGGAGAUAAUCCCUCCCACAUGAUUACAGAAGUAAAACAGGAAUCUGUUGAUAAUUACUCUGAUUCCCUGGAUUCUGUGUUACCAAGUGACACAAGGGAGAUAAACAGGGAGGAACUAGAAACAAUAAAGACAGAACUAGACAGCACACCUGAGAGCAACAGCAGUGGACCGAAGACUUCAAGUGACCUUUGUGUACCCCAUAGCUUAGAAUCAAUACUCAUUGUUAAGAGGAAUGACAACAGCUUAGUAAUGAUGAACUAUAAUAAUUGCAUAGGUCCUGGAGACACCACACCGAAAAGGGAUAUUGAAAUGUAUCCAAGUGAUGAUGAUGAUGAUAAGUCAUACGUUCCAGAUUCCGAAGCCUAUGAUUCUAGCUCUUCAGACUCUGUUCUGUACCCAGAGAAUGAGGAAUUUGUCAAAUGUAAAAAGCCUUCAUUAAGGAGUAAAAAGAAACUUAAACUAGAGGUGUCCAAGGGGAGGAGCCAUUUUACAAAUGGUUCCAAGUCAGUAGUUCAUUCCAAGGAAAGUGUGCAGAUAAAUGAAGAAUUGCCAAGUGAAGGCCAAUCUAAGGACAGUGUUCAAAUAAAUGAAAAAACAUCAAGUGAAGUAAUUCAUCUGCAUCUCAAAGCAUUGCCAAAGCCUGGGUGCAAAAAAAGAUAUGACAAGAUUAACUUCUGUACUUUCUGCGGUAAGGAAAUACAUUCUAAAAUAUCCAGACAUUUGCUUAGCCAUAAGAAUGAACUGAAAAUAAUGGAAAUUCAGAUGCUGCCAAAAAAGUCAGAGAAGAGAGGAAUGCUGUUCCUGGAAUUGAUCAAUGAGGGAAACUAUAAACAUAAUAUCGAAGUUUUGAAAAACGGUGGUCUUUUUAUAACAGCAAGACGAGAAAGUCCAGAUUCAUCAAAUCAUUCACCUGAUGAAUAUCUCCCUUGUGAGUUUUGUAAGGGUUUCUUCCUGAAGAAUUUAUUGUGGCACCAUGCCAAAAUUUGCAAAUUAGCCUCGGUUAAAAACAAUGAAGAUGGUGAUGAGGAUGAAAAGUUGGGAAAGUCUUUUGUUAGGAAAGGAAGAACAUUACUAUAUGGUUCACUGUUUGAUGAAAAUGAAAGUAAUGUUAUGCAUUUGUUAGAGAGAAUGAAUGAUGGAGAAGAAAAAGAAAUCAUUAAGAAGGAUCUUAUAAUUAAAAACUUUGCUUCAAUUCAAGUUCAAGCUUUGGGAGAAGGAAGAAUUCAGAAAAAAAAUGACAUGCAUAGAGUGAGUUCAAAUUGCAGAAUCCUUGCACGUUUAGUAAUUAUGGCCCGUAAAGACAUACCACUACCAUCAUUGAAUAAGCUACUGUCCCCAGAUCAUUUUGAUAAAAUUGUGAAGUAUGCAAAUGACCUGUCCUCUGAGGUGCCAUCUCUUGGCCCAAGAGUGGGCCAUCUUAUAGGUCAUUGUGUAAUGGUAAAGAAUGGCUAUGCAGUAAGGAAAAAUGACGAGACAAUGUUGGAUACAUCAAAAAACUUCAAGCAUCUCUUCGAUUCUGAAUGGGGUUUUAGAGUCAAUGCACCGUCAAGGAAAAGAAACAGAGUGGCCAAUUUAAACAACCCUUCCAAGAUACCUAACACAAGCGACUUGGUAAAAUUCAGGGAUUUCCUCAUCUUCGAAAUGAACGAAUCUGAGCAAAUUUUGGAAAGUAAUCAAGAUCAAUUACAUUUAGCAUGGAAUCGGCUUGCCAAGGCCACAAUGUGCCGUUUGAUACUAUUCAACAAACGGAGGGCUGCAGAAGUGGAAGAUUUACCUGUGGAGUACUUUCAGAAACAUCCAAAAUGGACUUCAACUGAGGAAUUUGAAGAGUCUCUGACAGAUAUGGAAAAAACUUUGCAAAAAGGAUGGAUUUAG